CAAAGCGUUCAUCUCGUUCGCCGGGACCUUGGGGGGUUCCCUGUCUUUCUCUCUCCUCUCUCUUUCUCUCUCUGUUCAUUCUACCUCUCAUCUCAUCACACCAGGGCCAAUGGAGAAGACGGUGCUAUAUGGCAUUAUUGUUGGUGGGUUUAUCCUCCUUAUGCUGCUCCUGAUUCUCUUCCUCGUUCUCCUUGCCUGCAAGCCAUGGCGUUUCUUCUCUCGUUCCUCCCGCACUCGCACCAUCAAGGCCUCUUCGCCCCCAAUCGGUGACGAUAUUGAAAGGCCACUUGUUUCGGAUGAUCUGAGGUUGCCACAAUAUCAUCAAAGGAAUGACUUUGAUGGGAAUUAUACACUUCUAGGCGGAAAUCAAGCAACUGAUAACCAUGUCAGUUCACUACAUUCGGAUAAAGUUUCCAAACAAGUUGCAUCAGCCACUUCACAGUUAUCGCAAAGCGGGAGUUUUAUUCUGGAUGUAAUUUCUGAAUCUUCUGAUGAUGGUAUUAAUGCGACACUCAGACGUCCAUUGGUGGCCAAUCGAUUGGCUGAAGAACAGAACCGUGUGAAAAAGGAAGGUCAAAUUCCUGAAUCAAAAUUAUCGGGAAAUGCUAGCAUUAAGGAAUCUGGAUCCAGAGGAUUUAUAGGAAGUAAUCUCACUCUUGAGGCAAUAUCUGGUCCUUCUCGUGGGCUUAAUUCUUCAAUAAAGUCGACAAAUUCUUCAAGGCUUCCUCUGACAUUAGGGAGGGUGGCUCCCAGUGAAAUCUUGCUGAAGGAUUCAGAAAUUUCAGGGAAGCAUGCAAUGAUAAACUGGAAUUCAAAUAAAUUUAAAUGGGAGCUAGUGGAUUUGGGAAGCUUAAACGGUACAUUCUUGAAUUCCUUGUCAAUACAUCAUCCUGAUUCAGAAAGCAGACAAUGGGGUGAUCCAGUUGAACUUGGUAAUGGAGACAUCAUUACUUUUGGUACAAGCACAAAAGUACUUGUUCAGAUUACAUCUGAGAUUGAAUGUCAAAAACCAUUCGGCCUUGGUGUCGCUUCAGACCCAAUGUCGGCACGUCGAGGAGGAAAAAAGUUGCCAAUGGAAGAUGUGUGCUAUUACAGGUGGCCCCUAGCUGGGGCUGAUCAGUUUGGAGUGUUUGGUAUAUGUGAUGGACAUGGUGGAGAAAGUGCUGCCGUUUCUGCUAGCAAGUUACUACCUGAGAAGGUGUCAAGUAUCUUGUCAGAUCCGUUCAGAAGGCAGAGGGUUCUAUCGCAAGGUGAUGCCUCAGAUGUUCUCCGUGAUGCGUUUUCGCAAACAGAAGCAUGCUUGGAUCACUAUUACGAGGGGUGCACGGCGACCUUGCUUUUGGUUUGGGCCGAUGAUCGUGAAAACUACUUUGCUCAAUGUGCAAAUGUUGGAGACUCUGCCUGUAUUAUUAAGUAUGUGGUUUCAUCUAAUAACUACUUUUUUUUGUCCGAAUCCAAUAUGUUUGGAAUAAAAGGUGUGGUUGGCUGGGAUACACUAGAAAUCUCUCCAUCUUCAAACGCCCUCCCGUCAGAUGAUUCAAUCGGUAGCUUAAGUGGAAAGAGUCUGCUUAAGAGACCAAAGAUCUCAUGUUCAAUUCCCAUUAAGGAUGCCUUAAAAGUUGAAGUGGGGGGAGGGGGGCAUGACUAUGGGAAAUUGAUAAAUGGUGGGAGUAUUCAUUGGUUUAAAAAGCAUCUCGCGGAUGUUAAAGGGGAGAUUGCAACUUUUACUAAAAUUGUAAACUUGAAUGAACUAGAUUCUGGAGAAAAAGAUGAAUGGAACAGUAUUGAUGUCUCUAUUGAAGGCAAUGAAAUGAUUGUUGAUGUUGGUGAUGAUUUUGGUGCGACUGAUUUUGGUGAAUGGUGCAAACGUUUUACGAAUAAUUAG